AUGGACAAUAUCAUGGUGAACCAUGCUUCGCCUUCUCAGAGUCAUGAAAGUGGACAGCGGCUCACAGACGUUCAACUUGCACAUCUUGAUAGCACAGUUUAUAUAACAUAUGACCUCAAAAUUUCUGCAGGAAUGGUGAUGGAAUUGGAACACCCAUUUGGCGGAGCCCAGAGGCGCAAUUAG